CUGUCUUCGGUUUCUUGCCACAGGGGACUCAUUCAGGACCAUAGCGUCCAGCUUCAGGGUUGGUGUCUCAACAGUGAGCCAGAUCGUCCACCAGGUUGUGACUGCAAUCUGGGACUGUCUUGUGGAGGAGUACAUGGCUGUGCCCACCACUGAUGACUGGAGGUCCAUCGCAGAAGGAUUCCAGGAGCGGUGGAACUACCCUCUAUGCUGUGGAGCGGUGGAUGGGAAGCACGUGGUAAUGAAGGCACCCCCCAACUCAGGAUCCCAGUUCCACAACUACAAGGGAACAUUCUCCAUCGUUCUCCUUGCAGUUGUGGAUGCGAGGUAUCGCUUCCGGGUGAUCGAUGUUGGGGGGUACGGCAGGACCAGCGACGGUGGGAUUCUGGCAAACUCCGCCUUUGGACAGGCUCUCCGUGCUGGUACACUUCAUCUGCCUCCUGACCAGCCUCUUCCCGGUGCUGAUGAAAGAGGACCCCAGCCCCAUGUCUUUGUGGCUGAUGAGGCGUUCCCGCUGCGGAGGAACCUCAUGCGGCCCUUCCCUGGACGCACCCUUCCUCCAGAGAAGCAUGUCUUCAAUUACCGCCUCUCCAGAGCCAGGCUGGUGGUGGAGAACGCCUUUGGCAUCCUCUCCUCACAGUGGAGGAUGUACCGCCGCCUCAUCAAGGUCCACCCAGAAGUGUGUGAAGGCGACGUGUGUGAAGGCGACGUGUCUUCUCCACAACUUUCUGAGGUGUUCGGAGGGGAGAGAGAAAAGGCAGAAGGCUGA